AUGAACAACAACAAUAGUCAUACAAAAUUCGAUAUUCUUCCCACGAUUAUGACUUCUCAACAUAAAUUACUUGAACCUGUCUAUCUUAGGAAUACUAGAAGCAAAUUUAGUCACAACGAAAGCAAGAUGCUCCCUCCGAUUCAAAGAAGUUCCAUCUUACAAUAGAGUCCAACCAUCAAAUAAUUGGUUGUGCAAAGUAAAACAGACUAUUUAUCCAAGGACUCGUUCUCAGCCUCGAUUUCAGUAACAGACAUUUUGGAGCUGCGUGCGAUAGAGGCUUUUAAGGUUUGUCUAAAUUUCAUUACUCCCAAAAAUUUGGUCACUCUAGUGCACGAUUAGAACCAAUAAAUAGAAACGUGGUCACUGAACUUACUGAUGCAGAGGACACAGAAUCCGUUCCAAAAGAGGAGAGGACAUAUUUCAAGAAAAUUUACAAAUAUCAAAAGAUGCCCAUACUUGCUUUAAUAAAAUCUUGCGAAAUAGAGUGGAUAAGGGAAUUUGAAGGCGAGGUAAACAAGAAAUCAACCAAACCUCUUUAAUUGACAUUCUAAAUGGCUCUGGCCAUAUUCAAUACUCAUUCAGAUCCCUUGGAUUUCUUUCAAAAAAACUUAUAAUUACUGGAGAGAAAUACUGUAGCUUUAAAGUAGAAGGGACUCAAUAGAUUGAAGUAUAAGGUUAAUCAUUUCAACACAGAAGAGUUCCAAAGGGUGGUUGUGAUCAAGAAUUAAUCCGGUUUAGGGUUCUUUAGAAUUUAUUUCCCAAUAAUUCAAUUAUACCAACAAGAAUACUAAUAUAUACAGACUAUUGAUUUGUCUCCCCAAAAACUACAUGAUAUUGUUAAGAAUAACUUCUUUGAGAUGCAUUCAUUUGCAGAAUAAUUUGAUAAUGAAAAAUUGCAAUUACACCUCUAAAGCAAACCUGAUGAUGGACUUAUUUUAGAAGAUUUAAAUGAGCCACAGUCCUUAUAGUAAAUAUCAUAAUCAGAAUUGCUAAUUAAUGCUUCAGAUAAUGCAGUAUCAAAUUAAAUUUAAACUGGGUUGCCAGUUAAUAAAGAAUUGGGGAUUCUAAUAAUGGAUUGUAAAAUUAAAAUAAUUAAUUUUUAGAAAAACAUGAAUUUCCUGAAAAGAUCUUAUCGUAAAGGUGGAUAAAGAAAGUUACAAGUUUCGAUAACAAUUUUUAUACAUGCGACUUUUUACCUACUUAAAUUUUAAUAAGGGAGAAAAUAUCAUAGCAAAUUAUUAAGAUCUAUUCUCCUACUCUCAAAGAAUUAGAUUCAAUAAUUGUCUUAUUGAAUACUAAGAACAUGUAAUAGAUCCUCGAUGAACAUGUUGUACCUAUCUUCGAUUUACCUCCAGAAGCUUUUAAUUAUAAGGAUUUUAAGAAGGGAACUAAAAUUCAAUUGAAUUUACCAGAAAUUAUUGAAUAACCUAUUGAAAUAACAGAAGAAUAAAUCAGCAAUGGUUUAUUGAAUUGCUGGACCAAAGAAAUUGAAAUUAAUAAUAAAGAUCUACAAAUCAUAAUUGAGUAAGUGUUUGUAUUAUAAUAAGGCCCUGUAUAUUGGAAAUAUAUGAUUAGUUAAAGGUUAGUACUAUUAAAAAAGUAUGCACUUCAAAAGACCUAACUUAAAUUUUAUCCAAAAGAUAUUAAAUUGGAUAUAGAUUGAUAUGA